CUCUCUGGAAUGAUCUUCUUCCCAGUGGGACCCGCUAUCAACCAGGAAUUCUAGCGUAUCCAAUCUCCUAACUGUUUCAAGAGGCGCUAUCCCCCACCCACUGGUCAUGGCUAGUCAUACCGACGAGAAGGGGCAGCUGUCCCUGUACCAGCUCGAGAACGAACUGCCGGGGGUCCUCCGCACAUCGAGCAACUCCCCCCUCACGCCUAUCAGCAUCGAGAAAGCGGGAUCCCUCAACGACUCAGCCCCCGAAGGAGGAGAACCAGAAACAGCAGAAGUGCUGAAAUCCUCUCGGCUCGCCGCGGCGCUCCUCGCCGAGCGCCCGUCCGUGUACUCGUUCCAGAUGCUCAAGCUUUGGGCCGUCCUGUUCGUCGCGUACCAGUGCUCCGCGCAGAACGGGUUCGACGCGAACACGUUCGGCGGGGUGAGCGCGAUGCCGAACUUCAAGAAGCAGUUCGGCGUCGACCAGGGGACGACGCAGGGGUUCCUGGCUGCCAUCUAUGUCAUGGGCAAUGUUGUAGGCUCCUUCGUCGCGGGGCCCAACGCGGACCGCUACGGUCGUCGCUUCGGCAUGUUCACGGGCUCAGUCGUCUCCCUGAUCGGCGCGAUCCUGCAGACGGCGGCGCAGAAAGAGGCACACAUCAUCGCUGGGCGCGUGACACUCGGCGUCGGUGCCGUCCUGCUCGGCCCCGCAGGGCAGGCGUACACCAUCGAGAUGGCGCACCCUGCGUACAGGGGUAUAAUGGGCGGGAUGUAUCAGGUGUGUUUCUUCCUAGGCACGAUCAUCUCUACCUGGCUCGAGUUCGGGCUGUCGUACUACGGUGGGACGUCCACCAUUAACUGGCGACUACCCAUGGCUAUUCAGGCGCUCCCCGCGCUCGUCGUCCUUACCUUCGUGUACUUCAUCCCCGAGUCGCCGCGUUGGUACAUCUCCCGCGGCGAGCCGGACAAGGCGCGCGCGAUUCUCGUCAAGUACCACGGGAACGGCAAUCCGGACAGCGAGGUCGUGCGGCUCGAGAUGGACGAGAUGCGGGAGGUGAUCAAUACGGGCGGGAGCGAUAAAAGAUGGUGGGAUUAUAGAGAGCUGUUUAAUUCAAGAGAGGCGAGGUAUCGCUCGUUUUUAGUGGGGUGUAUUGCGUUCUUUGGGCAGCUGGAUUUGCCGCCGACGAGUUACUACUUCCCGCUGAUGGUACAAACCGCGGGGAUCGCCUCUGAGCAGAUCCAACUCCUGCUCAACGCGAUUCAAACCCCCGUAAUGAUGGCCAGCUCGCUCGCCGGCAUCCAAUUCAUCGACCGCUUCGGCCGGCGCAAGCUGCUCAUGGUCUCCUCGCUCUUCAUGACCAUCUCCGUCGCGGUCAUCAUCGGCGCGACGGCCACACAGGCGGGGCACCCCGGCAUCGGGAUCCUCGGCAUCGCGUUCAUCUACGUGUUCCUCGUGAGCUUCGCGUUCGCGUGGACGCCGUGCCAGUGCCUGUACCCGACGGAGGUGCUCGCGUACAAUGCGCGCGCGAAGGGCCUCGGGAUGUAUGGCCUGUUCCAGAAUAUUGUGACGUUUAUUAAUACGUACGCCGCGCCGGUGGGGAUUGAUAAUGAUAGCUGGAGGUUCUACUUCCUGUACCUCGUCGUGGACGCGGUGGGCAUCCUGGUGAUUUACGUGUUCUUCGUGGAGACGAAGGGGCGGAACAUCGAGGAGAUGGAGGCGAUCUUCAAGGAGAAGCACCCCGUGCGCGCGUCGCUCGCGAAGCAGAAGGUGAUGGUGAGCCCGCAGGAGGAGCGGGGUGUCGAGGUCUAA